CGAUCCCUGACUUUAACGGCCGCAGUGUUCAUAAUUAGCUCCUGAUAAGUAUAUACUGCGAACUACGCGAUGGUAAUAAGUAAACAGAGUGCCAGCGUCAGUCGUGUUUCGAAUUUCGGCAAGAUGAAGUGCUCCGCGUUGCUCCUCGUUUUAAUGUUAUGCGUGUUAUCAGAUGCUUAUAAAGAAAGGCACCGUACUAAACACCUGCAUUCAAGAAGAGCUAAUUCUAAAAAGCAGAAUACACCCCCACAUUGCACACAAGUAACUAAGGAUACAGACUACCAAUCUAGGUACAAAUAUGAUUAUCCAGUCGCUUACAUUCAGCCUGGACAGCAUGAGGCCUAUCAACAACUGUUCUGCGUAAACCCGCCAACAGUAAACAAGGCAGUGACAACAGUUUGUGACUGGGCUGCUCCCCCACAAGUCCAGUUCACCCUUGGAGACGAAUACAUGCACGUGGUCCGCCAGGAUCCUACAGGCAGAUUCCUCGGGAAUGCUGUCAUAAGAACGUACCAACUAUGCAACCACAACCGCACAUUUACAACUGCUAGCGUAAAUUCAUCAGCAGUUACAAUUACUGAUGUAUAACGGAACAAAUGGAGUUAGAAAAUAAAGAUUUUUGUACCUAACUUUUCAAUAA